AUGUGUUCGGCUUCUGUAACUCUUACUGAGCAGGACGAUCUGCUCAACGACUUGCCGAGGCUGAGAGUUACCUUGCCGACUACUACAACCAAUAUCGGCCAGGAAUCGGUGGCAGGAGCAGCUGGAGGGACUCUUGGGAAGCAAGAAAGUGCGGAACGGACGUACUUGUUGGCUAUUCCCAGAUCAAGCCUGGUUGUGACCAAGAGAAAUGAGAACAUGUCGAACGAUAACAAGGAAGGGAACGUCUCGUCUCAAGAGGUCAAGGGCGAAGAACAAGAUACCUUCAUCAUUCGCGAUACGUCGAAAGAACUAUUUCCCAAGUUUCCGAUCAGACAAUCAUCUAUCUCAAGGAUCCUCAAAAUGGAGCCUCUGAAGAACGCUUCGAACCAGUUUGCAGACUCUCCCCGGCCUCGUCUCCGUCCAGCGAUGUGCAACAUGGACCACAAACAGAUUUUAUUCCAACAUGCUAGCCCUCUGAGGACAAAGUUUGAUCUGGAAGGAGGCAAUUUUGAUGUUUUCUCCUCCACAACAGAGAAAUACUCAGGAUAUCCCGCCUUGUGGAACGGGCGGACCAGUCAAAACCUAAGCUGCCGCAAUGCCGGGGCAAGCAUGUUGCAAGAAAUCAGCGGGAGGUGCUUUGACGAAGAGAAUAAGUUCAAUCCAUUGAAGGAUUGUGCUGUUAAAUUGGAAAGGAGCCAUCUGGAUGGGGCAGACGAUGCUUUUGAGGAAUCCUUCCUGUCGGAUGUAGUGGAGGAGAAGGAGGAGGAAGAGGGGUUGUACCCCAAGUACCAUCGAUCGGAGAUCGAACUCAUUGCUCGAGACUCAAUAGACCUGGAGAAAGAGAUCAAGCAAGCGAGUUUGAUUGCGUCCAACAAGAGAUCGCAAAACAGCUUUACGUCAAGGAAAGCAAAGAAAAAAGAGUUUUCAAUCGACGAGGAGGAUAUCAACUCGCCAUGGACCCCCCCUGAAACCCCUGAAAACAACUACGACUUCAGAAGCAACAUUGACAUUGAAUGA